UUCAGUGGGGACAGCUAUGCCCCCUGUCUCUGUCUGACCCCUCUUCUAGAUGCAUUCAGUCACAAUAAAAAACAACGCCUGCAGCCUGGCCGGAUGAAAAUGACGGUCUACUGGAAUUGGAGUAUUCUGACUGACUGCUAAAACUCUUACACUGUCACAUGGGGAUUAUUUUUUUUAAUUCAUAUUAUCUUAUUUUUUUCUGAGUUAUCGCUGCCUAUUAGACAUUUGAUCCAAAUGGAUCUGAAAAUAAAACACAGUCUGGGUCUUCUGGACCAGCUGAGGAAGAUGAGGGAGACCGAGAAGCUGACAGACGUGGUUCUGGUGGCGGAGGGCUCAAGCUUCCCCUGUCACCGCGUGGUCCUGUCAGCCUUCAGCCCUUACUUUCGGGUCAUGUUCACCUGUGGCCUGAGGGAGUGCAGUACCAGGGAGGUAUUCCUGCGUGACACACCAGCCGACAGCCUGGCUCUGCUGCUGAACUACAUGUACGGCUCCAGUCUCCCGCUCAACAACACCAAUGUACAGGGGGUCUCUGUCGCCGCCUUUCUUCUGCAAAUGGAUGAGGUGUUCAACCGCUGCCAGAACCACAUGAAGGAGAACAUGGACUCGUCCAACUGUCUCGGGGUGUACUACUACGCCCGUGAUCUCGGUGCGGAGGAGCUGGCAGACUACGCCCAGCGAUACCUGCGGACGCACUUUGUACAGGUGUGCAUGAGCGAGGAGAUUCUGGAACUUGAGGCCCACCAGCUGGGGGUGCUGUUGAGCUCGGACAACCUCAACGUGUCACGGGAGGAGACCAUCCUGGACGUGGUGCUGCGCUGGGUCAAGCGGGACAACGGGGUGGAGGACGGCCGGAGAAGACACCUGGCUGAACUCUUGAGGAAGGUGCGCCUUGCCUUGGUCGCCCCCGAUUACCUGAAGGAGGCCAUGAGGAGGAAUAUGUCCCUGUUAGUGGAUACAGGGUGUCUAGAGAUCAUGGAGGAGGCAACAGGGAUGCACCAGGUCGCCGUUCCACGUAAACUGAAGCUCCGCUAUGGGAUGGAGACCACGGAUCUGCUGCUCUGCAUCGGCAAUGAGGGCGGGGGGUUUCGGUCGCGGUACGGAAAUUACUCAGAGCGCAGCUUCUGCUACGCCCCGGCCACCGGCCGCACCCACUACAUCACGUCUCCGCGCUACGGAGACAUUCUCGGAUACGUUUGUGCGGGGGUCGUCACUGAGGGCAACGAGAUCGUGGUGGCCGGUGAGGCAGGGGUGAGGAAAAUGGCCAGGCAGACGGAAAGAAACGUGGAAAUAUUCAGGUACAGGGUGGAGGCCCAGGGGACCUGGGAGCACCUGACCUCAGCGGAGUACAGAGAUUCUUAUGCUGUGGGUGCGCUGGGCGAUACCAUUUACCUGCUGGGAGGCCAGAUGAAGCUGAAGAACCAGUACCUCAUCACCAACUGUGUGGAGCGUUGGUCCCUGAAGGGUGGGCCGUGGCGUAACGCCGCCCCACUACCCCUGCCGUUAGCCUAUCAUGCCGUUGUCCCUCUGAAGGACCGUCUCUACGUCCUCGGGGGUCGAACUCCACAGUGCUGGAGGACGGACGAUGAGCCGGAUCGCUUGAGCAACCGUCUGCUGGAGUACAACCCUGAGACAAACAAGUGGACAGAGCUGGCUCCCAUGGAGUUCUCCAAGUAUCGAUUUAGCGCUGUGGCGCUCAAUGGCGAAAUCUACGUAAUGGGUGGCAUUGGCUGUGAGGGGUUUGAUCGUGGCCAGUCCCGUCAUUGUCUUGAUGCUGUGGAGAUCUACAACCCUGAUGCUAAUGCCUGGCGGAGAGGGCCCAGACUCCCCUUUCCACAGCUAUCCCUACGCAGCAACUCGUCCAACGCUGGAGUAGUAGGGGGCAAGAUAUAUGUGUGUGGAUACUACAAAGGAGCUGAUCGUCAUGAAGAUAUAAUCAAGGACAUCCUGGAAUUCGACCCCUGGGAAAAUCGAUGGACUGUGGCGGCCAGUCGCGUUCUGAUGCAUAACUCCUAUGAUGUCUGCUUGGUGGCCAGCCUAAAUCCCCUGGAGCUAAUGUCUCCCCCUGCAGACCUGGCAACGCAGUGACAAGCAACAGCUCCUGAGGAGCCCUUCUCAGCUAAAAAUAGAUUGAGCAAAAAGACCGUGCCCUGCAGUGGGCCAGUAGUCAAAGAUCUGUAAUGCUGUCUGGACCUGGUGGUGCAUGUUGGCGCUAAGAGGCUUACAACCCUGUGUUUAAAACCCUGACCUGAGAGGCGCACUGCACAAAACAACUCUGCACUUGAACUGUAUAUGCCCUACUUAGUUGCACAUCUCGUCAAUAGGCAAUAUACUUUAAUAUGACAUAUAGCUUGUAAAUAUGAAUUUUAGGAAUUUGUUUUCUAUUGUUAUAAAAUGCCUCUAGAAUAUAUCAAAAUAAAAGUAUUGACAAUUUCUUUA